CCUAGCAUGCAUAUUAUACUUCCUGCAUGCACAUACAGAAAAUGAAAGAGCCACCAAAGGACAUCUCCCUGGACCUUUCACUAGCCAUGAGGAGACACUUUAGAUUUCAAGUCUGUAUGGUAUUAACUCACUUUCAGGACAUCAAGCCCAUUGGUUUCACCUCUUGUUUCCCAUAACAAGUUUGAGUUGUGAUGAACCACUGUUGCAUGUCACAGAGAGGAUGAAGAUUUCCUUCACUGGCUGGGACAACAGCGCCCCUGCAGAGAUGACCUCAAGUCCCCAAACUGAUCUGGACAUCACGGGCCAAAGGAACCUAAGAAAUGGCACUGGGCAUGGAGGCUGGCAUCAAAUGGACCUUCACAAUUGUUUGGAUAAUGGAAAAAUGAAUCACAAUUUGCUUGUUCUCACAUGCUUUGAAAGCAGACCACCCUCUUCUCCUGGGCUCUGUUCCUCUCCCACCUCUGCUGAUGAAAGCCCGGACACCUGCCGGUCAAAUGAGCCCACCAUGAAAGAAGCAGGGCCAGGAGCAAAGAGGCCAGAGAGAAGUCUUCACUUCAAAUCACAGCCCACAGAAGUGAGAAAGUAUUCAAGACAAAUGUCUGUCUCUGAUGGAUUAUGUUACAGCUGUCUUCUUUCUCAGCCACCGAAUAAACACAAAAUCAGAGUUCAUUUUUUUCACCUGAUUCCAGUUCAGUUCUCUCCCCAUAAGUGUAGCCUUCCCCACCCCCCUUCAUAUCUCAGUGAAUCGGGAAUCAGGCCACCUGACAGCAGAGAUAAUUCUCAGUGCCACACAUCCUCCAAUAAUGUUAACCAACUGCACACUCGCAGAACCUACCGGGCUGGUGGAUGCUCCCUAACAUCACAAGCUCCCCAACAUAGAACCCAGGAACUUGAACCAGUAAACGUCAGUGAGUUUGAAUUUCUGAUGAAAUUAACUGUGAAGAAAAAGAUCACAGAAGUAACUGGCAUCUUUCCACCUCCCAGGAGUGGCCCCAGAGUAGAGUGGCAGCAGCAUCAUUUCACCUGUGUGGGCGAGUCACCGAGUUCUGACCCCUCCAGCAGCAAUCAUGACUGGGCUGCAACAUGUCCACAUUGA